AUGACGAAGGGAACUAGCUCUUUCGGAAAGCGUCACAACAAGACGCACACUCUGUGCCGUCGAUGUGGUCGCCGCUCUCUGCACAUCCAGAAGCACACCUGCGCUUCUUGCGGCUACCCCGCUGCUAAGACCCGAAAGUACAACUGGUCCGAGAAGGCCAAGCGCAGAAAGACCACCGGUACCGGCCGCAUGCGAUCUCUGUCCACCAUCUCCCGGCGAUUCAAGAACGGCUUCCAGAUCGGCACCCCCAAGGGUGCUCGCGGCCCUUCCAAGCCAUAAGCGGCGAAACCGACCGAGACAAUGGGAGGCCGUCUACUCAUGGCUGGAGUGUGGGGAGGAUGAAAUGUGGUGAUGGACGACACUGAAAAAAAAACCACCAAAAAUUCCAGAGGGGCGUACUGCAUUUUCUUUGGGGAGGCGUGUAAGGGACAAACACACGGAACAAGGGGAAUCCAACUACGCAAAGAAUUACACUCCACUGAAUGGGAUCAGACCUGAUUUCUUUUUUCCAACUUGCUUCGCAUGAGUUACGGGCAAGGAUCAAUGACAAGGGUUUUCGAUCUUCCUCCAGAAAGUGUAGGUCGUUCAUGAACCUAUACGGCAUUUCGUUGCGUGAGAAAGAAGAGGGCUCGAGGGGCCAGGAUCUGUUCGUAGCUGAAAUCGAGAGGCUAUGCGGAUUUUGAUCACAC